CCCUAAAAGCUCUGAUUUCUCCUACUCUUAGCCGCAACAUGCUAAACACUCCCGUUUUUCUUCCUUUCUCCUUUCGUUUUCUCCCACCUAAUUCACUUUUCUUGACUCACUCUCCGAUCCCAGUCUUUCCGGUGCGAUGUCCAAAUGGUCUUCUGUAAGUUCAGAUUGGUAUCUGCUUUCGACGGCGUUUUAGGUUCCUUUGAGAUGUUCGGCGGCUGCAGUGAAUCGUCUUCUUUUUAUAGUUCGCUGUUGUUAGGGCUUCGGUGAUGGAUGCUCUUGAGUUGAAUUAUCCGGUGGAUGUGGCGGCGCCGAAGCUCAUGGGACCUGACGGCUCUGUUAGAACCGGGAUAAUAAUUGAGGAGGUUGAGUUGUGCGAAGCUGAUCGUGGUUCUGCCCCUCCUAGCUAUUCGUUUCAGCAUUUUAGCUCGUACGGUAGUCAAAAAGUUGGGACGAGCUCUAUCAAUGAUUUGGGUUCUGUUUCUUUGGAUGAGAUCCCUGAUGGGGCAGUUUCUAAGGAUGGUGAAGAUACACCUGAAGAUUUUGAGAGUAGGAACAAAAGAAGUCAUUUGUCCACUUCAAGUCCAGGAGUACAGCAACGUAAAUCGUUAAAGGUCUCAAGGAGUAGUAGCAGUAGUUUAUGUUCUAAGAGGCGUUUGGUUCAAUUGGAAGAUUCUUUAUUACUAAGUGGGGCUGAUGAAGUAAAAGAUACGUCUGACAAGCUUGGAUCAUAUCUUAAAAAGUGCGGCUCUCAUGAGAAGCCUCAAUUGAUGAAACAGAAAAGCAGCGUAAGCAGCAAGCGGGGUGAUAAGAGAAAUCUCAAAGUGUCAUUGAAGACCAAAUUUGAUUCACUCCCUAUAAAUGCUGGAAAUGGCUCAGCUACCGCAGGGUGCAUUUUUUUCGGACUAUAUGGGCUGAAAUCAGAUGUUCAUGAUUUCACAAAGCUUACGGAUGAUCCACCGCUGAAUGGUCUUCUUGAUGGCAGUUAUGACUAUUCUAGUUUAAGUAAAGCCAAAGGUAAAAAAGACACAAAUGUAAAUGAAUGUUUUCUGCAGUCAAUUAGAAAAGCUUGUUCUGUUCUUCAGCUCCCAUGGCCCGUCCGUCCACAAAAUACUGCGGAGUCAGAGAGUUGUUCUAAUAGCAAACCAUCCACAAGUCUAGUUAGUUCUGUUUCAAGCAUGGAAGAAGGGGUGAAUUUUGAUGCAAAAGAACUUAGUACAACAGAUGCACCUUCAUUAAGCAAGGUGCAAGAUGCUUGUAGCAAUUCUGAAACUUUGACCAACGUACUUGAUUUUAAGUUGUACAAACCAGAUGACAUGUUUGUGAAAUUGGGCCUUCCUCUACCAAAGGAUUUGGAAUCUUUGCUUCAGGAUGCCAGCAAGUCCUCUGUAUCUUCAAAGAAUGCGACAGAUUUGCGUUCAGCAAAGCAACAAUCUCGUCGAGCAAUCUUGCAACCAUUUCCGUGGUCACAUUCUUUUAAUGGGCACUCUAAAGCAAAUUCUGAUUCAUCCAAGUUUUCUGCAAAUAGAACCACAUGUACCGGUAGGUGGUGGCGAGUCGGAAACUUUGCCAAUAUCCCCACUGCUACUGCUGAUUGUUUUACAAAAAACUUGGAAUCAUUGACUUUUAACCAGAGUUUAUUUCCUUCAACAAUGAGAGUUGGUCCUGAUGAUGGAAAGUCCUCCUCUGUAUCUGUUAAUCAUCAUCAAAGUGGAUGGGAUUCCCUGUCUUCUGCAACUUGUUCGAAAGCUUCCUCUAUGCUUGUGGAUUUUCGAGGGAAGAUGAAUCGUGAGGCAAAUGGAACCAAAAAGAAUCCACUGAAGGAAGAUGCUUAUUGAAGAGCUGAGGGAGAGAAAGAUUGAUCUUGAGAGAGAAAAGUAAGAGAGAGGAAAGUGAGAUGAGGAAGAGAAGUCCUUAAGGAGUAAUCUGGGUCUGUAGUUAUAAACGAGAAGUUUUUUCAGAAGUUCAGUAGUUGAAGAAAGUGCUUUGCUAGUCUGAGAAUUUUUGGCAAGUACAGAGAAGCCUGCUCUAGAAAACAUUAAGCGUUUUAGAGGAAACUAAAUCAAAUCCCUUGCAUUUAUUUGUUAUGCAUAAUUCAGAAAUGUAUAAAACUUGGAUUCUUAAUCUCCCUAGAGCUAUGAGUACGAACUCGUUAGUUUGGCUAGUGUGUCCAUGUCUAACACAUUUUAGACACUUCAACACUUCUAACACUUCGACAUUUGUUGGAUAUGUAUCAGAUACUUUUUAGCACAAUAGUUAUGUGUUAGACUUUGGUACAAAAUCAAUAUGAGUUCUAUAUUUGUCCGACACUUAUCGAACACUUAUUAAGUAUACUAAAUAGACACAGGAAAAAAAUCAUUAAGUUUGAGAGUAAGACAUAUCAAACUCAUUUAUUUAAUCAUAUGAAUGCCUUAACUACUUUGGAUUUCUUUAGACACCUAUCGUACACUUCUAAAGUAUACUAAAUACACAUAUAAGACGAUAAUCAUUAAAUUUGAGAGUGAGAUACAUUGAACUCAUUUAUUUAAUCUUAUAAAUGUCUUAACUUAUUGACUUUGGAUUUCUUUAUUUAACGUAUCCUUGAUGUGUCUAUGUCAUAAUUUUUUUUAAAUAAUGAUGUGUUUCGUGUGAUGUCAUAUCCACGUCCUGUUCUUCUUAGCGAUAGAGAACUGUAGAUAUAAUGUACGUCUCUCAAACAUUAAGCCACUUUCCUAAUCUUUUUUGCGAAUGCUAUCUCGCUGCAGCUUGAAACUUUAUGAAUUUUGUUGUGUCAUUUGCAUGCAACUAAAGCAUAAUUGAAUUUUUUGUCUUCGGCUAUUGAUAUUGCUUCU